GUUGUCCUCCUUAAAGCACUUCUACGGUUCAGAUUUGUAUAAAAGCUACACAAUUUCAUGCGUUUUAACAUUAAUUAACUAUAAAGUAAUGGAUAUUAUACCACGCAAGGAUUUUGGAACGUGUUUCACAUCCCAAUCGGAUAAUGUAUUCUCCCCAUAUGCAACAAAAUUGCAAGAGAAAAGUCGUUUACAAUUAGUUUCGUGUAAUCCAGUUACAAACUUGACAUCAGGAUUAAGUUGUAAUAAUAAGGAGGAUGUUAAAUGUGCAUAUGGUUGUAUAGAGGAACGAAAAUACUUAAAAAUUUUGAAUUACAAUGCUGAAAUGACAUCAAGUAAAACUUCUGUGUAUGAGAUGGAGUCUAAGAUUCAGUCAACUAAUUGGAUUCGUGACAAUAAUGGAAAUUAUCCUGAAUUACUGAUGGCUUCCGGUCAUGAUCUAUGUAUUUAUGAAAUGGCAGACUCCGAUUUAAUCCUCAGAACUACUGUUUUUGAGGGAAACAAAACAAAUCGUGUGGUAUAUUGUGAAUGGAAUCCUUGGGAUCCAUCGUAUGUAGCGUCAUUGCACGCAAAUGGAGAAUGUAUGUUGUGGUCAUUACAGCGACAGUCAAAGAUCGAUUUCCGUGAGGAAUUCGAAUAUAAUGCAACAGCCAUUGUAUACAACGGUGGCCCACAACAUAAAGGAAUGUGUUUCUGUGAUGACACGUUGCAGAAUUGUUUCCUAACUUACAAUAAUUUAAAGAAAUGCUACCUUCAUGAUCUACGAACACCAUGUUCCAAAUACCUAGGAGUUUUUCGUGAUGGUAUUAUUGACAUGAAGACAUCAUUGAAGAAUCCAUAUUAUGUUGGAUUUAUAUUUAAAAGAGAUGUUAAAGUAUUAGAUAUUAGAUAUCCAGUUGUAGAAUGUUUAAAGUUUAACAUAUUUAAUGUAUUGGAUGAAGUUACUUCAUUUGCAUGGUCACCAAAUGAAGAAGAAAUGGUUAUUGGCACUUCGUUUGGAGAAUGCAUUGUUUGGAAUCCUGAAAAAAACGUAUAUCUGAGAAGUAGCAAUGAAGGUAUUAAGUGCAUAAUGAAAAUAACGUAUCAUCCAUUACAAAAUAGAACACUGCUAACUGCUAGUAAAUCAUCAUCAUCAUCUCCAACUGUAAAACGAACGUGUGUUGCUUGCAUAAAUGUAUUUAAAAUAACAGCUGAUUGUACAGAUUGUAAUAAUUAAAUAUUUUGUUAAAAUACUCUAAAUUGUAUCCUUAAUAAUAAAAAAAUGUGGAAAUGCUACUGUGAAUGUUAUACUAAGUGCCUUGUUUUUUCUCAAGUGACCCUUGACCACCCCAUGCUCUACUAGACAAGUUAGUGGGAGUUACGCGUAAAA